AUGGGGCCGUAUCAGCCCGGCGGCGGCGGCGGCGGCCCGGGGGCGGGGCCGGCCCGGAGGGGCGGGCCUGAGGGGCGGGGGCUCGGCCGGGGGCGGGCCCCGGGAGUGGUCUCAGCGCGGGGCGUGCCUGGAGGUGUGGUCUACCGCGUGCGGGGCGUGUCCGGGGGCGUGGCCUCCGCGUACGGGGCGUGCCUGAAGGCGUGGUUUCAGUGUGCAGGGCGUGCCUGGAGGCGUGGUCUCCGCGUUUGGGGCGGGGCCGAGGGCGUGGUCUCCUCGCGGGGCGGGGCCGGCGGCGGCGGCGAGCGCGCCCGCGGGCCCGGGGCUGACAUGCAGCGCGGCCCGGGCGGCGGCAGCAGCGGCGGCGGCGGGGACCCGAACGGCGACGCGGGCCGAGGGGGCGGCGGCUCUCGCGGCGGCCCAGCCCCGGCGCUCCGAGGUCGGCGAGGCGGCGGCGGACCGGGGGCUGCCUGGGCGCGGGGCUCGGGCGGGCCGGCAGGGCGUGCGCGGGGGUCGCGCCGGGGACGUCGCCGUUGGCCGCUCUUUGUUGUGGCCGGGCGGCGGGCCGGGACCCGGGCUUCGGGGCGGUCCGGGAACCUGGGUUCGGGGCGGUCCCGGGACGGCUGUCCCAGGACCCGGGAUUGGGGCGAUUCCGACAGCGCGCGGCGGGGCAAUCCGGGUACUGGGGUUCGAGGAGGUCCGGGACCCGGCGUUCGGAGCGGUCCCGGGAUCGGGUUCGGGGCGGUCCGGGUUCCCGGGUCGGGGCUGCCCCGCGCUGCUGUGCGGGUGGCGGGGAGGGUCCGCGCGGCCGGGGUCAGCCCGGCGGGGGCGCGGCCGUGCGCGGCGCGCUGA